CAGACCUAACACACAGUAGUACAGUGCAUUCUAGUACUAACACUGCUGACGGACAGGAAACAUGAGUCUUUUCCUUCUUAUGGCGGUGUUCGGAGGGGCAGGUAUUCUAACGACUGUUGCCUCUGAGUAUGAUGACAAGAUAGUCGGAGGAUAUGAGUGCCCAAGGAACUCUGUGCCCUAUCAAGUGUCUCUCUGGUCCGGCUACAACUCGUGCGGCGGGACGCUGUUGUCCAGCGAGUGGGUGCUGUCGGCUGCGCACUGCAAACCAAAGUCGAAUGUUGAGAUCCGCCUGGGAGAGCACAACAUUUGGGAGUCUGAAGGAACGGAACAGUACAUCAUGUCUUCCCAGUUCAUCCGCCACCCAGACUACAGCUCCCGCACACAGGACAGCGAUAUCAUGCUGAUCAAGCUGAGCCAGCCGGCUACCCUCAACAGCUAUGUACACCCGGCCGCACUCCCCAAGACCUGUGGCGUUGAUGGGACGGUGUGUCACAUCUCUGGGUGGGGCAGUCUUCGCCCCAGCAAUGAGGGCUCAAGGUAUCCUCACGAGUUGCAGUGCUUGGAAGCCCCUCUUCUGAGUGACGAUGCCUGCUUCAACGCCUAUCCUUUUCAGAUCACAGAAAACAUGAUCUGUGCUGGUUUCCUGGAAGGAGGCAAAGACUCCUGUCAGGGUGACUCUGGGGGUCCCAUGGUGUGUGACGGAGAGCUCCAGGGCGUGGUGUCUUGGGGGCAUGGCUGUGCUCUCAGGAAGAAGCCUGGAGUUUACACCAAGGUCUGCAACUACGUCUCCUGGAUUGAGGAGACCAUGGCGUCGGGCUGAGCAGCAAGACCCAGUGGUGGACGCAUGAAUGGGCAACGUCCAUGGAGAAAACUGGGCAUUCAAACCGCUUGGUGCUCUCAUUAAAUCACUGUACUUCAUUCCUGAAUCUAAAUUAAAAUCUAGGUUCAACUUUGAAAGAAA